AUGUCGUCUUUCGUCUUGGUUGCGAAUGUCAAUUUUUGGCAAGCGGCCUACGACAAGUUAGGGGACUACGUCUGGAAGCACGAACACACGACCAAGACAUAUUAUUUUGGUCUGCCCUUACAGUACUGGACUCACAAGUCUGAUACCAAUCACAUGUUUGCUUUUGAAAUAUAUGGCAAGCGCGAAGACCUGUACACGACUCACUUUAACUCUCCGGCGAUGAAAGAGUUUCUCCCCGCGAUUCCUGACACCAUGACAACCGGUCUCGACUUGCGACAUUAUGAAAACGUGGGCGGCUUCUUGGACCGGUUCAACGACAAGCGCGAAUGUGAGAUCAUGACCGAUGUGCGCAUCAAUUGUAAAGCAGAGGCCAGAGACAACGUUCUGUCGAGGCUCAACACGCUAGCAGAAAAGAUCAAGAGCGACGGCUCAGACGACGUUUACACUUUCUUCGUUCUCAAAGGUCUAGACGAUGAUCAAGGCGUGCGCAUAUUUCAACGCUUCAGAAACUGGGACGGCUCCUCGUCUCUGGCACGGCAUCCGACCGUGCUCGAAUUUUGGAUGUCUUCGAAAGAAGAAAUACUCAGUAUGGAGAGUCAAACUUACUUUCCUAACGGUAAAGGAUGGCUGCAUCGAGCUGAUAAGUCAGAGACACGCCUUAACAUUCAGUGA